CGGACUCACACCGGGGAGAAAACAUUUAAAUGUAUCGAGUGUGGAAAGAGCUUUAGUGAAAAUGGAAGCCUUAGGAACCAUCAACGGACUCACACAGGGGAGAGACCAUUUAAAUGUAUGGAGUGUGGAAAGAGCUUCAGUCAGAAUGGAAACCUUAGGAACCAUCAACGGACUCACACAGGGGAGAGACCAUUUAAAUGCAUGGAGUGUGGAAAGGACUUCAGUCAGAAUGGACACCUUAGAACACAUCAACGGAAUCACACAGGGGAGACACCAUUUAAAUGUAUGGAGUGUGGAAACAGCUUUAGUAAUAAUGGAAACCUUAGGAGACAUCAACGGACUCACACAGGGGAGAAACCAUUUAAAUGCAUGGAGUGUGGAAAGAGCUUCAGUCAGAGUGGAAGCCUUAGAACACAUCAACGGACUCACACAGGGGAGAAACCAUUUAAAUGCAUGGAGUGUGGAAAGAGCUUCAGUCAGAGUGGAAGCCUUAGACUACAUCAACGGACUCACACAGGGGAGAAACCAUUUAAAUGUAUGGAGUGUGGAAAGAGCUUUAGUUUCAAUGCAGCCCUUAGAAUACAUCAACGGACUCACACAGGGGAAAAACCAUUUAAAUGCAUUGAGUGCGGAAAGAGCUUCAGUCAGAAUGCAGACCUUAAAAAACAUCAACGGAUUCACACAGGGGAGAAACCAUUUAAAUGCAUGGAAUGUGGAAAGAGCUUCAGUUACGAUUCAGGCCUUAGAAGACAUCAGCGGGCUCACAUAGGGGGAAAACCAUUUAAAUGCAUUGAGUGCGGAAAGAGCUUCAGUCAGAAUGGAAACCUUAAAUUACACCAGCGGACUCACACAGGGGAGAAACCAUUUAAAUGCAUGAAGUGCGGAAAAAGCUUCCGUCAGAGUGGAAAUCUUAGAAAACAUCAGCAGACACACAGGGAAGACACCAUUUAAAUGUAUGGCAUGUGGAAGAAGCUUCAGUCAGCGUGGAACCCUUGAUAUACAUCAACAAACUCACACAAAAGACAAACCACAUAAACGUCAGGAAAGUAUAUUGAGGCUCAGUCCUUGUGGAAGUCCUACAUCAACAGACUCGUGGCCAGGAAGAACUUUAACAGUUGACACCCUACAUACCAUCAAUAACUUUAAAUGGAAGGAUUGCAGAAAGUGCUUUAGCUAUAAUGUAAUGUUUAAGAAAUAUCAGACAUUCAAGCGGGAGAACCCAUUUAGAUGUAUGGAGUGUAGGACAUCUUCCUCUCAGAGUCCACUCUUCUUCACGGCAAUGAACUCAGAGGAAAUCUGUCUUCCUGCUUCAGGGCCAGCUGAGUCUGUUUCUCUUGUCAUUUUCUUGUAGCUAGGUAAUUCCUCUCUAAUCUGCUCUGUGUCUGUGUCUCUCCCUCCUUCUGAGACCACUGGAAACGAAGGGGAUGACUUUCCCCCCUCCAGCUCCUCUUCUGAGGAAAGCUGAUUGGCCUGAGAAUGGAUUCCCCCCUUAAGGUGGGGGACCUCAACGAAGUCCCUUCAUUAGAAAUGGACAGGACAGAAAGGGACAGAAUAUCUAGAAAAGAGAGACUACCACAUACAUUUUUUCAAAUGGUGGACAGCUUAAACCUAAGGGAUGCAUGGAGAGAGAGAAAUCCACUGGAGAAACAGUUCACACUCUUUUCAGAAGCCUAACAAUCGUCGGGGAGAAUUUAUGCAAUCUAGAUCUCAAAUAGUUUAAUAAUAAAAAAUU